GCCAAUUAGAAGACGGAAAUACACGUGCGUUGGUUUGGGCUUGGACCUGAUUAAGAAAUGGUGGCAGUUGGAUAAAAAGUUUCCAGGUUUUGCGACGGCGACCGCGUUGCUUUCUUGCGAAGAAGCGGUUGUCGGUGUAAGGGAUUACGUAAUGAUGGGCGAAGGGCCGGACUCCGUAGAUUAUGCAGAGAAAGAACACGUUAUAGUCGGAGUGCAAGUCGUCAUUGAUGGGCGGCCAGGAAUUAUGCUGGCUGACCCUGGAUACCAUGUAGCCCGGAUCAUCACUGUAAUGUCUGAUCGCGCAUUUCCACACACCGGUUGGUUCACUAAAUCCGACGAGCCUCAAUGUCGUAAAGACUACGAGUAUAGCUUCAACCCGCACAAUAGCAACUACAUCGACUGGCACGAACGCGUCACAAGAGGCCACGUCGUCAAAUACCAAACGUCACUGAUAUACGCCGCACAGCCAUAUCUCGACAGCAUCUAUGUUACCGAAAAGAGAAAUUUGGUCUACAACUUUAGGAGUUUGCUAUCUCGAGACCCUAAGGGCAACUUAAAAGCCGGCAUGUACUUCCCCGUCGGGGCCCGCACUAAGGACGCGUCGUUUACGAUAUUCUCCGACAUCGGCACGAAGAAACGCAAAACCAAGUACAAAUUCAGUGCCUUCACAGAUCCCAAUAAUGUGGAUCCUUUAGUUGUUGAAGAAAUAGAGCGUUGCAGCGUACAGAUGAGGUACAAGAAGCGAGCACUAUUACAAAUUAUUUCAAAGCUCGCGCUAAUGAUGUCAAACCAAUCAUUCAUCGACCAAGUGCUCGAAAUUAACGACGACAUCUGCCGCAUGUCUUUAUGACACACAAACAACAUUGACAAGAUGGCUGACAAGGAGAAACAUUAAAAUUGCGGCCAUUUACUUUUCAUUAGGUUAAGUUUCUUAUAUUUCAUUUUUGAAUAUUUGAUUAGUCUUACAUUUAAUUAUUUUCUAACUUUUUAUUUACCUUUUAUGAAGUUU